AUGAGUAGUAAUCUGAAGAUAAGGGAUCCAAGUACUCAGCCAAGACAGAGAAUGCACACAACGGGUGCAUUUUUCGCAGGAGAUCAAAAUGGGAGCAAUAUAUGUUGUGUGUUUUGUGAUGCAGAACACUUUUCCGCCUCGUGUGAGAAGAUUAAAGAUCCACAAGCCCGAAAGAAUAUUUUGAAGAGACAAGGACGUUGCUUUUUAUGUUUGAGAAAGGGUCAUCGAAUAAACCAAUGCACCUCCAAUAAACGAUGCCGCAAAUGCCCAGGAAAGCAUCAUCAGUCAAUCUGUGAAUUUAAUUCGAGUCGACCACCACAGGACCCAUCGAGUCAACCACCAGAGAACAAACCUGGGCAAGCUUCCACGACUGGAGCUGUUGUCAAUGAAUCGUCAAAUGGUACAACCACUACAUCUGUGACAAGAAGUCAAACGAGAGUAUUGUUACAGACAGCAAGGACAUAUGCAUAUUCCAAUGAAGGUUCAGAAGUCUUACCUGUCAGAGUGCUCAUUGAUACUGGAAGUCAAAGAUCGUACGUCACAACUGGUCUACAGCAAAAGCUUGGUUUGAAACCCAUCAAGAAAGAAUCAUUAAAUCUUAAUACCUUUGGUGAUGCCGGUUUCUCGAAGAAAGACUGUGAUUUGGUCCAAUUAACGCUACAAGGAAAAAAUGACCAAGAUAUAAAGAUCGCAGCCCUGAGUUUUG